GAAGAAAGUUUGGUUUUUGGUUUUCAAGGGGUUGAUAAAGAAAGGAUCCUUCCCUUUGUCUUCACCCUUUGGCUUUCCCAUUCUUUUAUUUUUAUUUUCAAUUUGCCCCUUAAUCUGUUCUUCGUUAACAUCUCCAGCAAUCCCCAAUUUUCAAUUUCAUUUUGUUCACUGCAUAAGUUUUUUUUAGAAACCUAAAUCCGAUCACAAGAGAAAUCUCAUGGCCACUACUGGAAACAAGAACAUCAAUGCUAAAUUAGUUCUACUUGGGGAUGUCGGAGCUGGGAAGUCGAGUCUCGUAUUACGCUUUGUUAAAGGGCAAUUCGUUGAAUUUCAGGAAUCGACCAUCGGUGCGGCUUUUUUCUCCCAAACGGUGGCCGUGAAUGAUGCGACGGUAAAGUUUGAGAUUUGGGAUACCGCUGGUCAAGAGAGAUACCAUAGCUUGGCACCAAUGUAUUACAGAGGAGCUGCAGCUGCGAUCAUUGUUUAUGAUAUAACGAAUCAAGCAUCGUUUGAGAGAGCCAAAAAAUGGGUCCAGGAACUUCAAUCGCAAGGCAAUCCGAAUAUGGUAACGGCACUUGCCGGGAACAAAGCUGAUUUACUUGAUGCAAGGAAGGUGACAUCAGAGGCAACAAAUAAGUACGCUCAAGAGAAUGGUCUUUUCUUCAUGGAAACUUCCGCAAAGACCGCAUCCAACAUCAACGAUAUUUUCCACGAAAUAGCUAAAAGAUUACCUCGAGCACAACCAGCACAAAACCCUGCCGGAAUGGUUCUCAUGGAUAGACCUACAGAACGGACGGCAAGCGCAUCAUGUUGCUCGUAGAUGACGGUUGUUCUUUACCGGCAUGUAUUCUCGUGUGUCUCGAAUUAGCUCAUGUAAUGUUAUCUACAAUCAAGUCUCUUGUCCUUAAUUUGCCUUUGCGUAUGAACUAUUUAUUAUGAACUAUAGAUUUGAUAACACUGUUUAAUUGUGCUGGAGAAUUGUGUUUUACUUGUAAUUAAAGUGUGUUUAAUUGUAUGCUUAAACUUCCAUAGUUAUAAGUUUUAUGUUUUACUCCA